UCAGCUGGGAUGCUGCUGCCCCCACCCCCACCACAACAAAAUGGCCUCGGCACAGAACCCCUAAUGUCUUAUCAUCACACCCAAUACCAUGCCCUUUAGCCACCAGGGGACAUGAGGACACUUCCCCCCCGGCCUGGUCCUUAGCACAGGAUAAACAUGGCUGCUGCUCCCAUCCUUGGCCCACACUGAGCUGCAGGUAGAUGUCUAGGGCAGGCAAGAUGUCUCGGACAACAGGCGCCUCCACCAGCAAGCAGCCGGGUGGGGCUACACUCCACCAGUGUGAUGUGUGUGGCAAGGACUUCCCCUUCAAGGUGGUUCUUGACAUGCACAAGAAGGACCACAACUUCAAGAAUGUGUACAAGUGCCAAGUGUGCGGCACUGCGUACCCCAAGAAGAGCCAGCUGGACAUGCAUUACCGCAAGCACACUGGCGAGCGACCCUUCAAGUGUGAUGAGUGUGACUCUUCCUUCAUGAACAGCAGCAACCUCCAGCGUCAUAAACGCAAGCACGUCUGCAAGCGCCGCUAUGACAGUGAUGAGUGGGAGGCAGCCUAUGCCCUCAGUGACAACCUCAGUGCUGAGAAGCGAGCUCGGGGCGGAGCGGGGGAGGAUGGCGAGAGCCCCUACACAUGUGGAGAGUGUGGAGAAACCUUCCCCAAGAUGAACACUCUCAUGGUGCACAAGCGCAAGCACUCUGGCGACCGGCCGUUCCCAUGCGAGUUAUGCGGCGCAACUUUCUCAGUGCGUGCCAGUCUGGACUACCACCGCCUCAAGCAUGCCGGAGGGGGAGAGGCGGCCUACUGGCACAACAUUUGUAACAUUUGUGGUGAGGCAUUCACCUCCAAAGAUGGCCUUGUGCAGCACCAGCGGCGGCACAGCGGCACUCGGCCAUUCAAUUAUGACAGGUAUUUUGCUGCAUUUCCAAAUGGUGACGUGCAGCAACAGUCUGAUGCUCCACCUGUGGCACCUCAACAGCAACCACAGCAGCAGCUUGGUAGUCAGGAGGCAGCUGUUCAGCAGCCCCAACAGCUUUCAUCACAAAUGCAACCACAGCAGCAGCAGCAACAGCAGCAGCAGCAGCAGCAGCAGCAGCAGCAGCAGCAGCAAGUUUUACCAGAACAGCAGCACCUGUCCCAGCACCCUGAACAUGAGCACUUUCCUCCAGUACAGCAGCAACAGCAGCAACAACAGCAGCAGGAGAGACCAGAGGGAACAGAUACAACUCAAGUCUCUCCUCAGCUGCAUGAGCUUCAGCCUUCGCCUCAGCUGCACCAGAUGGUGGGGACGCCUCACUUGCCACUGCCACAGUCACAACAGUCAGACUUCCCAGGCCCUGUGGAGCAGGAGGCACAGCUUCCAGGCCCCAUGGGUCCCCAGGCCCAGCCCGUCCAGACCGUUGGCCAGCUUGACAGUCUCUCCAGCCCCCCCAUCAAGGAGGAGCCCAGGGAGUGAGUGAGUGUGCACCAAAAGAUGCUGCCAACAUCAGCAUCACUUGCUUGAUGAAGAUGGGAAAAGCCAACUUACUACAGCCAGGAAACACAAUGAACACUGAACAGAUUUGCAGUCAAAUGUCAGACUGGUAGUGAGACUGGAGGCCACAGUGUAUUCCUUGUCAUUAGCUAAACUAUUGCAUAUUUCAAACCUCUAUGCUGAGUUCAUCAUCUGCUGUUUAUAGUCAAGUGUCUUGAGACGUGAUCCUACACUCCAUUCUCUUUCUCCGUGUGAAUCAUUCAAUUGAUACCUCUUACCUAUUUGCAUGGCAUUAUACUCUUUGAGUAAGGCAUUUUAAUCACCCAUUGCUGUACUGCAUCCAGUAAGUAAUGAAAUGCUGCAUCAUUGUUUACAAGCAGGGAUAACAUAUGUCAUAGUUCAUAUAGCUGAUAAUUAAUGAACGGUAGAAAUAUAGCACUUCUGUAAAUGUUGGUAAUUCAGAGAUGGUGAAACAGUUACUUGACAAUUUGUGUUUACUGACCAGCCAUCUCAGACAAUUAUGCACCAGUACAGAGGAGAACAUUUUGUGCCAAGACCUGGCAGAUGUCAGGCACAACCUUGUCUCUUGAUGCAGGCACAGUGUCAUGGGGGAAGGACGGUUGUGUCAUGAGGGGAGGGUAUUUCCAGCUGUUGGUAAUUAAGUUCAUGUCUGCCUUGUUGCAGAAUGAUCUUGAGUGAUGCUCAUGAAGUUGUAUCCACUUAGUAGUGUCCCAGAAUUUUGCAAUGCAUUUAGGGAGUGAAAAAAAGCUUAUCACAGUUAUGGAGGUGGACCACAGGAAGAGCAUGAAGUGGUGAAGUGAUAAGGAAGCAGACAGUGAAAUUGUAAGACCUUUAGAAAUAGUGGUUGAAUUCAUUAUUUCACUGUACCUAUUUAUUUAAUUAGGUACCAGUCUUGAAAUGAACAGUGGGCCCUGCUGUGUCACCUUUGUGCACCACUGGAGGCCAAGUACCUCUACUGAUACAACACUAGCCUCUCAAGAUUCAGCCAGUGUUGAGAAUUUAAGCACAUUUACCAAUGCAUACAUAACACUAACAUAUAUUUCACAUUCCAAAGCAAAAUGUCAUUAAGUGCUCAGUAAAAAUUGUCUCAUAACUAAAGUAACUGUCAGAGAGAUGUGAUAAAGACAGUGGUGGGCAGGCUGUGUGGGACGAGAGGUGGUGCAUUAGUGGUGGAUGCUGGAAGGGUGGCGAUGUGUUAACGAGACACAGGAAAUGGGCAUUAUUUUAUAUUGGCAUCCAUGUGAUCUUUUUGGCAGCACCAGGGUAUGUGUCAUGGUGAAUGUAUGUACGUGUGUGUGAUGAGUAUUGGUGUGACGAGAUAGUAGGUAGCGCGAUACCAUGAAUCUUUUACUAAUUAUGAAGUAUUUUUAUACAUUAUUUGUGGCAUUUGUUUCCGUGAGCAUUCAACAUUUCCCUUCCCAGUGUGGCAUCCUGACCUGGGAUUUGUGAAACUCUACUCUUAUGCAUUUUUUUUUUUUUGUUUCAUAUCCGUUCAAAAAGCUAUAAAACUAAUACACUACACUA